CCCCAUAAAACAUGGAAACCCAACAUGUGUGUGUGUGGGGGGACUAAACAAGUUGGUAGGAGAUGAAAAAGCAGAAAGACAACCUGAAAUUUAUACAGUCAUUAAGCAAAUGAAUGGAAAGAGACAGAAUACAUUCAGCAGCUGUUUUAUAAACAGAUAUAGACACGGGGACUGAGACAGAAAAGAGACAUAAGACAGCGAGAGAGAGAGAGUCCGCACAAAUGGGGCAGAUCCCUCCUUCUCAGCAGGCGAGUGUUUGAAAGAAAAGAGUGAAUGACAGAAGACUUAAGGAGAGAAAGGAGGGAGAGAGAGAGACAUCAUAACGUAGAGAGUAAAAAGAUGAGAGGCAGAGAGAUGCAGAACGCAAAACAAUAAAAGUGAGGAACGUACACAGAAGAGACUCAGAGAGAGAGAGAGAGAUUCAGACGGCAAUACUGUAUACAAGGAGGAGUAGAGCAGCAGAUGAAGAGUGGAUUUCACUGCAAUACUGACCUGAGCUGGAUUAUAUUACACUGCGCUUUGUCGACAGCGCAAACACUUAUACAUACACUUAAGCAGAGGUGUGUUUGAUGCUAAGAUGAGGUAGACACUCUUUGUGUGUUUUAUUGUUGAGCAGAAGAUACAAAGAAAGCGUGUGUGUAAUAUACUCCGUGGCAAGCUUUGUGUGCCAAGUUGUGCAGUGUUUGUAAAUACCUGAGAAGGAUGUUGUCUCUAUUCUGCUUGGUUUCACUGGUGGCACUUCUAACGGAAGCUUGGAGACCAUCACAACCACGACUGCAGUUCCAACACUCAGAGCUGUUGCGGAGCGGUCGGCUCAUGUCUCUCUCUGUGCCUGCCGGAGAUCUGAACUCUCUGCUGCCAGAUGAAGACAGUCGUCGUCUUUACAUUGGUAUGAAGGACCAUCUGCUGUCCACCAGCCUGGAUGACAUUACCCAACCGCCCCGCAAAAUAUACUGGCCAGCAAAUCCAGAUCGAAUCCAGGACUGUUUAAUGGCUGGAAAGGACCUACAGAUGGACUGUGCUAACUUCCUGCGUGUGCUGGAGCCGUAUAACCAAACACAUCUUUAUGCCUGUGGGACUGGAGCGUUCAACCCCCGCUGUGCCUUCAUCCCCACCAGCCUCUUCCUCAGGGCUGAGGAGCAAACCCUUCGGUAUGAAGACACUGAAUCUGGAAAGGGAAAAUGUCCCUACGACCCUCACCGGAGAGCAGCUACUGCCAUCAUAGACGGUGAGCUCUAUGCUGGGAUCUCUUCCGACUUCCUAAGUCAUGAUACGGCUUUUUUGCGCAGUCUGGGAGAGCGACAUGUGAUUCGCACAGAACAAUACGACUCUACCUGGCUACAAGGGGCUGAAUUUGUACAUGUUGCAGCGAUGUCCGAGAGUGAUAAUGGAGAGGAUGAUAAGGUGUAUGUGUUUUUUACUGAGCGAGCUCAGGAGGUUGAAGGGGCCGCUGGGAAGGUUCUCUAUUCUAGAGUCGCCCGCGUCUGUAAGAAUGAUAUAGGUGGUCAGCGUAGUUUGGUUCACAAAUGGAGCACCUUUCAGAAAGCGCGUAUUGUUUGCUCUGUACCAGGACCCGACGGUAUACCGACACACUUUGACAAACUGCAGGAUAUUUUCAUUCAGCAUGGAAAGACAAAAGAAUCCCCUUAUCUCCUGUUUCUUUUCUCUCCCUGUAGUAAUAUCUUGAAUGGAUCCGCUGUGUGCGUGUACCGUAUGCAGGACAUUAUUCGAGCUUUCAAAGGAAACUUCCUUCACAGGGAAGGGCAACAGUACAAGUGGAUGGAGUAUACAGGCAAAGUGCCCUAUCCCAGGCCUGGCACAUGUCCCAGCAGCACUUACGGAGGAUUUCAAUCAACAAGAGAAUAUCCUGAUGAUGUCAUCUUCUUUAGUCGCACACACCCUUUAAUGAAAGAGGUGGUACAUCCUCUUGGUGGGCAUCCGUUGCUGAUCAGAGUGGGCGUGCCUUAUAAGAUGACCCGCCUCCUUGUGGACAGAGUGGAGGCAGAUAGACAACAUGAUGUGUUGUUUAUGGGCACAGACUCUGGUCUGGUGCUGAAGGCAGUUCACCUCCCUAAAGCCAAAGGACAGACUCAGGAGAUCACGCUUGAGCAGCUGCAGGUUUUCAAGCACAAGUCACUAAUAACUACAAUGACACUGUCCAAGAAAAAGGAGUGGCUGUUUGCAGGAUCUGCAGAGGGUGUGGUCCAGUUGCGUCUGUUUCAGUGUGAUUUGUAUGGCCAGGCCUGCGCUGAAUGCUGUCUCGCAAGAGACCCAUACUGCACCUGGGACGGGCACUCCUGCAGUCCGUACAUGCCAACUGCACGCAGGCGAAACAUUUGUCAGGUUAAUGAUGACAAUCCUCUAAACCAGUGUGUCAGUCAGGGAGCUGGUCUUCAGGUGGAGGCAGAAGAGAAGACUCUAGUUGUUGCCGUGGGUAACAGCACUUACCUGGAGUGUUUACCAAAAUCUCACCAUGCCACCGUCACCUGGUAUAAAGACAUAGGAGAGAACAGCUUGGAACAACAAAAGGUUGAAUCUGGAGAUCAUCUCAUUGUAAUAGACAGAGGCAUCCUCAUUCCCCAGGCAGAGCUCCAUCAUGGAGGCGUUUAUCACUGUCAGCUAGAGGAGCACGGGUUCCGCUGGACGGCAGUUACUAUUCGCUUAAUUGUGUGGAGCCCAGCCCUGCACCCCACCCUUGGCUCUGCCCAACCGUGGUACCAGGAUGUGAUGGCUUUGAUUAACCACAGCAAACUGGAGCGACACUGCAAGGAACUCAGUCACAAGCAUAAACAAGAGAAAAAGAGAGCAGAGCGUCACAGACACAGAGGAAGAGGAGGAGAAAGAGAGACGGAGAAGGAGAAAGGAAGGGGGAGGAAGAACCGGAGCAGAAUGCAUAAUUCAGCACAGAGGCUCCCGAGAAGUGCAUAAAGGUGCAGAGACACAAUCACGGGUGUUCACGAUGGUGCUUGAUACACUCCAUCAACCUCACGCACAAACACAAUACACACAUAUACAUUAAAUCCUAUUAGAAGAUAAUGGGUGUGUCUUAUUCCACUACCUAGUUCCCUAUGUCUAAUACAAUGAAUUACACAGCGUACGCUGGUACUCUGAUAACACAAUUACCUUUAAUUAUGAAGACAUUUCUGAUAUUUGUCAACAACAUCACAUUAACAUGACAUGCAGUGGAUAAAACGUCCGGUGUCAUUAUAAAAUGUGCUCCUUUUAUUAAGCUAAACAGAUCAUAUCGAAACAUAGUGCCAUUCAGACAUUAAACAAAGCAAAAUUACAAAUAAAAAUAAAAAAGCAGAACAUGCAUUAAAAUAAUAUUAAAAUGUAUUAUUACGGUAGUCUACUAACUUUUGAGCUAUAGGAAACCCAAUGAAACACACAUGAUCUAAAUCAUAUGAAGGAUGGAAUGUUGUGUUUAUUUGAAUGAUUCGUUCAAAUUUUUCAUUAAAUCAAUUUCAUUAUUUCAGAACUGUGUUUUGAAGCGAGUGUCUUGCAUUAAAAAAAACAAUCUUCCAAAGUUAGGGAGUGUCGUAAAAAGUUCUUUGUUUUAAAAAGACUGCAGCAUUGAUAGCACUUACUGUUUUGUGCAUCCUCUGUAUUGAAAUGCAUUACCUUAAACUAUUGUUUUUUUAUUUAUCUUUCGCUGUAUUUAUUUUCUUUGUGUCUUGCUUUUUAUAUGUGUAAAAAAAGACAAGCUAUUUUGUCAUUGUCAAAUUCUUUGCCAUCAUUCAUAAAACCUGUGCUCCUGUGCAGUCUUAAAGUGGGUUUCAGAUGUCUCAGAAUGAAACAAAACCUUUCUUGAUCCUGUCGGAUUUCAAACGAAUGUGUGUUUUAUAUGGAAGGAUGGAGACAUAAAGGGUAUGUUAAAUAUUACUGAAUCUGCUAGACAGUGCCAGCUACUUUCUCCUGCAUAUUGACACACGCUUGCCAUGACGUUUGGCAUGGUCUCCAUUCAGAAGGAUGGAAAAUUGCCUCCAUUCAGAAGGAUGAAAAAUAAUGAGAACAGAUUUAUGAUAUUUAAAGUGCAGUACAGAUAGAGAGAGCCAAAUUAAAAUGCGACUCAGAUUUGUUCUGCAUGAGAGAGAUACAACUCAUGAUCUGUGUGUGAAUUAACCAUCUCAACUCAACAUGCUGUUUGGAAAUGAAACUCAAAUGUUGUUACAGAAAAGACACAUGAAUUUCACAUGUUUUUACAUGUUUUUCGCAUGUGAUCACAUGUAUACAACAUGUGUUUAACAUGUGCAAAAAACAUGUGUGAUCACAUGUGAAAUGUGAGUUUUUGGAAAAUUUUGGUGUGAAUUCCAUGUGAAUUCCCACGUGAAACCCAUGGGAUAACAUGUAAAAACCCAUGGGAUGACAUGUGCAACAUGUGGUGACGUGAAGAACAUGUGAUCACAUGUGGAGACAUGUCGCAUAUGUUAUCCCAUGGGUUUUUACAUGUUAUCCCAUGGGUUUCACGUGGGAAUUCACACCAAAAUGUUCCAAAAACACACAUUUCACAUGUGAUCACGUGUUUUUUGCACAUGUGAAUUUCGUGUGUCUUUUCUGUAAGUUAGUGUUUAACAUGUGAAUCAUGUAAGUUAUCAUUUGUGUUUUGCGUCUUUGUUCUGCCUUGAACUGUAAAUCUGGAUUUUCAUUUAUGGACUUGAACCUUGAAUAAAGUGGUUUGGGAGUUAGA